CUCCCUUCUCUCCUUUCAGGUGAAUGGGGUGAACGUGGAGGGCAUGCGUCAUGCGGAGGUCGUGACCUUCAUAAAGAGAGGAGGAGAUGAGACCAGGCUGCUGGUGGUGGACCCUGACACAGACCAUCACUUUAAGAAGAUGGGUGUCACCCCAUUGGCCAGCCACGUUAAAGACUUUGACGGUCCGUCCAUAUCCAACGGCUCCCCCAGUCCUCAGAUCAACGGCAGCUUCACCAGCAGCUCCAUCCAGUCACACCACUCUGACCUGAGCAGUCCAGACAACAGCCUGCAGCUGGGAGAGGACGAGGCGAGCCGUCUGAUGGACCCGUUUGCUGAGAUCGGCCUGCUCCUGAGUCCCACUGCGGCUGAGGCCAAAGAGAAGGCCCACGCCAAGAGAGCCAAGAAGAGAGCCCCUCAGAUGGACUGGGACAAAAAACACCAGCUCUUCAGCAACUUCUGAACUUUUCUGCCACCCAAUGAGAGAAGCAGAAAGACUGUCGAAUUUGACAUAUCUGAAACUUACCUUCAACAUUCCUACCCGUUACCCUACCACCACCACCCCACCACCACUACCACCACCACCCCACCACCACCACCACCCCACCACCACCACCACCACCACCACCACCACCACCACCACCCCUCCACCACUAC